AUGGACACUGGCGGUCUUGCUCAAAUGACUUACAACUCUUCUUUCAAUGGCGGUUCCAUUGGCGUUCCGAGUUCCAGUUUUUCCUCCCGAGGCAAGGGUUCUCACAUCAAACGCUUGAGUGUUCCGCCGCCUCAUAUCUCUACGAUCGAUGAAUCUCAGCCGUCUGCGCCGCUUCAAACUCCUCGUACCAGCCGCUCUCAUUUGCUGGCUGGAUUGAGGACUGCUCCAAAAUCUGCGACGAUUCCUUCCGCGCACCAGCAGCACCUCGGUCAGGACACACGUCGGUAUGCCGCUCGUCCUGACCGAGUUGCUGAGCGUGUGCCGCAGACCGCGACGGGAACUGGAUUUCCUCGCCACUCGUUCGCCUCGAAUCAGAAUGUGGAUAUGAACACCGGUCGUCCAAUGUACACCCUGCCGGAGCAGGUGCUCGCACCUCCGGCCCUCGACGUUGGUGCUGACUUGCCUAUGGACGAUAACUUGUACGCGGAAAUGAUGUCCACAAACCUGUUCUUGGCAGCCCAACAGCAACGCCUGCAACAGCAAUUGAUCAGCGUUACCACGGCUGCUCAGCAGUUCCAGGGUCUCAACCUGGGAAUGCCUGUUGCCGCGCAGCAAUCCCUUCCGUCCCUUUCUCUGCCUAGUAUGGGUUUCUACCAGCAGCAGCUCCAACAGGGAGUGCAGCCGAUCGUUCAGCCGGUUCUUGGCCAACCUGGUCUCUUUUCUGUCUUUAACCCUCUCACUGGUCAGCAAAACUACAUCUAUGACAAUUCCGCCGAGCAGCAGCAGGACGCUGGUUCUUCGUUUUACCAGGAAGAGCAGAGAGACCACUUUCAGGAAGACCUGCAUGUUCCUACUUUCCGUGCUGAAGUUUCCCCUCCGCCGGAGUCGAGACAGCCGCAGCGCUCUGUUUCUCCUCCCAAGUCCAGUCCCCCUCCCCAGGAGGUUACUCCCUUGCCCCCGCCCUCUGCCAACGCCUUCCGCAGAGGCCACAAGAAGAGCUCGUCCUUCGCGCCUAGGCCACUUGACACAGCCAAGGCCAACAACACUGUUGUGAACAGUGCUGCUCCCAAAACCGCCGCAUUGCCUCCGAAGACCGCCGCGUUGCCCCAGACGCCGGCCACUGGAACCUUUGGUCCCGGACAAGGACGUGCGGGCGAGCACCCGAUUCGUCAACCUCGGGGACCGCCCUCGAUAGAGGAGCUGGUAGCCAAGCCCACGUCCAAGCAUGAAGGUAGCAAGAACUUCGCGACACGUCAGCGACGCCGCGCUGUUAACAACCUGGUUCGUGCGGGAAUUGAACGACGCGGCGAGACCCGCAGCUUUGGAUACCACAGCAGCGGAGGCACCAACACCCCAGCGAGCGAGAAAGAAUUCACCUUCUCAGAUAACGAUGACGCUACCGUCCGUAGCGGCAGUCUGUCCAGCAAGCCCAGCUUGGGCAGCCUGCGUGCCGCGGCUAAUGGCGCGAUUGGUUCCGAGAGGAAGGAAAGAUCUUCUCGGGAACGCAAGUCGGACAGCCCUUACAGCGGUACUCCCACCAGUGAGGACGGUGGAAGCUUCUUCGGUCCCUCCGGGAAGUUCGCGGACAUCCGUGCGGAUCAUGUCUCGUCUCCAACAGGAACGCCUUCCGUUGCUGCAGUCGUUGCUGGACAGAAGACGGCAGCUCCGGGUCCCGAGAGACGCAAGACUCCGAUGCUUGUGUUAUCCAGCGCCGAAAAGCGCAAGACCCCGAUUGUUUAA